AUGUCCACACCCUCAUCCUCCACCGCCUCCGCCUACCUCGAGCGCGGCACAAGAGCGUACGCCGUCGUCCUUGGCGCCUGGCUUCUCCUUCUCCCGGCCUCGGGCCUGCUCAACUCGACUGGCAUAUUUCAGGCCCGCCUGGUCGAACACGAGCUCCGGGGGCGGUAUGCAGAGGGCGAGGUUGCGUGGAUAUUCAGUGUGUUUGCGUUUUUGGUUUUUUUUGGGGGGGUCGGGGUUGGUCCAGCGUUUGACAAGUAUGGAGAGAAGAUCCUGGUGAGGCUUGGUGCUGGUGGACUGGUUUGCUCUUUGUUAGUUACCAGUUUUUGUAAAGAAUACUACCAAUUCCUCCUCUCCUUCGGCAUCCUAGGCGGCACCGCCUCCUCCCUCCUCUGGACCACCAGCAUCGCCACCCUUGGCCACUGGUUCCACCAAAACCGCGCCCUAGCCACCGGCCUCGCCACCACCGCCGGCGGCUUCGGCGGCGUCCUCUACCCCAUCCUCUUCCACACCCUCGUCCCAAGACUCGGUUUCCCAUGGACACUACGCUGCUUUGCCCUACUAAGCGGCUGCUGCCUCCUCGCCGGCUCCGCCCUGCUGCGCACCCGCCUCCCACGCCCCACGCACACUGCCACGGGCCUCAUCUCCCUCGAAUGGAGCAGCUUCCGCGAUCCCCGCUUCGUGCUAACCAUGGCUGCAAUAUUCGUCCUCGACUGGGCCGUCUUGGUGCCGCCGGCAUACGUGACGUUGUAUGCACGCUCAAGAGGCCUCCACGAUAUCGCACCGCAUGUGCUCGCCCUCUUGAACGCAGCCUCGAUAUUCGGGCGUGGUCUACCAGGUCCGAUUGCAGAUCAACUGGGCCGCUUCAACGUCAUGAUUCUCUGUUCGGCCGUGUGCACGGCAUCUGUUUUCGGGCUGUGGUUGCGCCUCGGCUCCAGUGUGGCUGGUAUUGUGGUCUUUGCUAUCGUCUAUGGCUUCUUCAGCGGUCCGGCGUAUAGUCUUACGCCAGUUUGUGUGGCGCAGCUGUGUAGGACGGAGGAGUAUGCGAGUCGUUAUGGGACGGCGUAUGGGGUUGUGAGCUUGGCGACUUUGGCCGGUGUCCCGCUUUCCGGGUCGAUAUUGGGGGCAGGGGGAGGGGGGGAGUAUGAUGGGUUGAUAGGGUUUUGUGGGGCCAUGUAUGCGGUGUCUACGGUGUUGUUUGUUGUGGCGAGGGGGGUUAGUAAGGGGUGGAAGGUGGGCAUCAAGUUUUAG